AUGCCAAACGUUUCUAACAGACCUUUAACAUACAAAAAGCCUACACUAGAAGAUGUUGACCCAAUAUCAAACUACAUACCAGCAGCUGUUAGAGACAAGAUAUCCAAUGAUGCAUAUGAAAUUCUCAAAAAGCUUCGCAAGUUCAUAGACAUUGAAUGCUUGAGUAAGGAAGCAGAGUAUCGACGUGAACUUAUGGAGUGUAAUUACGACAUAGAAAAUUGCCUAAUAGUUCAAAAAUUACGGGAAAGAGCGAAGGCAUUGAACCUCAACAUGUUAUAUGUCCUAAUGCAACAAUUCGAAAAUCAAGACCCUUUUUAUGGAAAUAGAUUAACACUAUUGGAGUAUUGUUUUCUGAGUUUUUUCCUAGGGAAAUCGUUAUUAGCUCAAGCUGUCAUGCAUACCGACAGUUCUAUGGUGAAUGUUGGAACAAUGGAAAUAUUGUUAAGAUAUGGAUCACCAGAACAGUUGGCCAAUUAUUUAUACCCAAUUGUGUCCCAAAACUUAAACGCAAGCUUCAUGGUUAGCGAACGCGAAGUCUCGAGUUCAGAUGCAUUAAACGUCACAACGACGUGUACCAUUAAUGAAGAGUCUGGAACCAUGAAGAUAAAUGGUUCUAAAUGGUUUGCUUCAUCGCUAGAAGAUCCAAGUUGUCACUUAUGGUUAAUUUUAUGCCUUACCGAAAACGAAGAGGGUAACAUCUAUAAGAGGCAUUCUGUUAUUAUUAUUGACAGAGAGGACAUGAAAACAGAAGGUAUCUCUUUUAAGCUUAUAGAAAUGGGCGGCCCUAACGCAACUGCUGACAACAAUAAAUAUUAUGAAGUACAUUUUAAAGAUGUAGUAGUCCCCUUCAAAGUCUUAGGAGCUAGAGGAGAAGGUUUUUCAAUGGUACAGACAAGAUCUAGUAUCGCGAAAUUGUACCAAUGUAUGAAGCUAUGUGGCAUGGGACAAGAAGCUCUACGGCAGGCACAAAUAAGAGCAUCAAAUAGAAAGGUAUUCGGUUCAAAAUUGCAAAAAACUGAGACGUUCAAAACUGAGGUUGCAAAGUGGAAGAUAAAAAUUGAAACAUGUAAAAUCGUUUGCUGUAAUGCUGCUGUAAAAUGCCAAGUAGAAGGUGUGAAGCAAGCUCGUGAUGAUAUUGCAAUGGCUAAGAUUCUUACACCAAGAGAAAUGACUAGCCUCAUAGAUUGGUCCAUACAAGUACAUGGUUCUCUGGGCCUAUGCUCAGCAGAGACCUCAUUGGUUAAAAUGUGGCAAGCUUGUAGAACGUCCCGGAUUAACGAAGGGCCAGAUGAAGCGCUAUUAUCACAACUGGGUAAGCUCGAACUCAGCAAUUUUGCUAAAAACCAAAAAACAUGGGAUGAUGAACUAUCAAAGGUAAAGUCAUCUUAG